UUAGUUAGUUGUGUCAGUUGCUCUGUGGAGGCGUCCGCGAUCACCAGAAAGGGGACGGGACGGGCGGCAAUGGUGAAUAUCGCGACGGCGUGUGCUCCCCUCAGGUGUCUGUCCAACCAAAGACUUAUGCUCUAGAUAUUUGUUGGUGGUUUGCCUAGAAAACCUAAGGUAGGGGUCUCCUGAACCCAGAACUUGUGUUUUGACUGGUCUGGCUGCUCAGCUUACCCUGGCAUCCCUCUGUCUGGUGUCUCUUGGAUUUGCAAGUGGAGCACUAUACCCUGCCAUUUUUAUGUGAGUUCUGGAGUUCCAAACUCUGAUCCCUCAGGCUUGCAUGUAACAUUGGUACCUUCAGAAUAUAGGGAUGAGAGGCAAGGAAGAAAGGACAUUCAUCAUAAGAAGAGUUGAAUCGAUUUGAAACUGUAAAGGAAUGUAGCACUUGUUGCCAAACUGCCUUGGUCACCAGAGUGAACGAAGUGCUUCAGCAUUAAAUGAUUGAUCGUGCUUAAGGAGCUGCUAUGACAACAUAAGGAGGUGGGAACUCACAGAUGCAAAUGCAAGACUUGCUAUGCACUAAAGGAAAAGCAUUGUCUGGGAAGUUCUAUUUUUAAACAUGUCUGCUUGUAACACCUUUACUGAACACGUUUGGAAACCUGGCGAAUGCAAGAAUUGCUUCAAACCUAAAAGCUUGCACCAGCUUCCUCCGGACUCUGAGAAGACACCCAUCACCCACGGCAGCGUGAAAACUAAUGCCAAUCAUAGUAACAACCACCGAGUCAGGAACACCGGCAAUUUCCGGCCCCCUGUGGCUAAAAAGCCCACCAUAGCAGUGAAGCCCACUAUGAUGGUGGCAGAUGGGCAAAGUGUAUGUGGUGAGCCGAGCAUCCAGGGACACUGUGAGAACAAGCCUGUCAUCCUGGGAUGGAACCAAAACAAGACUUCUUUGAGCCAGAAACCACUUAACAACAAUUCUGAAGGUGAUACUGAAGGCUUUGGCAGUGUUCCUCAGCAGUGUGCCAAUAAUGACAGUGCAAAAAAGGUAUCCAAUAACAACAACGGGCUAACUGAAGUGCUAAAGGAGAUAGCGGGUCUGGAUGCCAGCCCUCCUGUAAGAGGGAAUGAAACAAACUCCAGAGAAACAUUCUUAGGAAGAAUUAAUGAUUGCUACAAGCGAUCUUUGGAAAGGAAGAUCCCACCCAGUUGCAUGACAGGGAGCAUGAAGGACUCUCAGGGCAAGCAUGUCAUCCUGAGUGGGAGCACCGAGGUCAUCAGUAAUGAAGGGGGCAGGUUCUGCUACCCUGAGUUCUCCAGUGGCGAGGAGAGUGAGGAAGAUGUACUUUUCAGUAACAUGGAAGAGGAGCAUGAGAGCUGGGAUGAGAGCGAUGAAGAACUGUUAGCCAUGGAGAUUCGCAUGAGAGGGCAGCCUCGCUUUGCUAACUUCCGGGCAAACACCCUGUCCCCCGUUCGAUUCUUUGUGAGCAAAAAGUGGAAUACUAUCCCCUUACGGAACAAGUCUCUGCAGAGAAUCUGUGCUGUAGACUAUGACGAUAGCUAUGAUGAAAUCCUGAAUGGUUAUGAGGAAAACUCUGGGGUCUCCUUCGGUCAAGGAAGCAUUCAGAGCACGGUGUCAUCCGACUGCACAUCACCAGAUUCCUCCUUUACAGAAGAGUCACGUUCUGAAACUGCCAGCAGUUUAUCCCAGAAGAUUUGUAAUGGAGGAAUAUCUCCUGGUAACCCAGGAAAUUCUAAAGAUGUGGCAGAAACUGAGUCUAAUUUUGAAAACCCUCCUGGUAACAAUGAUGAAAAGGACUCAUCCCUGACUUCCAAAAGCUCAGUGAAAGUUCCAGAGACGCACAAAGCUGUCCUUGCUCUCCGCUUACAGGAGAAGGAUGGCAAGAUUGCAGUACAGACUGAGAAGCCAGAGAGCAAAGCUUCUACAGAUAUCGCUGGCCAGGCAGUCACCAUAAGCCUCGUCCCAGUAGAAGAACAGACAAAGCCCUACCGCGUGGUAAACCUGGAACAGCCUCUGUGUAAGCCUUAUACAGUUGUGGAUGUGUCGGCAGCCAUGGCCAGCGAGCACCUGGGGCGCCCCAAGAUAAAAGGUUCAUCUUCUACUCCAAACUCUCCAGUUACGUCACCUGCGUUGGCACCAGGACAAAUAAAUGCCCAUCUCAAAAAAUCCAGUGCAAUCCGAUACCAGGAAGUGUGGACUUCCAGCACCAGUCCACGACAAAAGAUCCCUAAAAUAGAAUUAAGUACUGGGGGGACUGGACCAAAUGUCCCUCCAAGGAAAAACUGCCAUAAAUCGGCGCCCACUUCACCCACAGCUACAAACAUCUCCUCCAAAACCAUCCCUGUUAAGUCACCUAAUUUGUCUGAAAUCAAGUUUAAUAGUUACAACAAUGCUGGAAUGCCACCUUUCCCCAUUAUCAUCCAUGAUGAGCCAUCCUACGCCCGGAGUUCCAAAAAUGCCAUUAAAGUUCCCAUCGUUAUUAAUCCAAAUGCGUAUGACAAUCUCGCCAUCUACAAAAGUUUUCUGGGAACAAGUGGAGAACUCUCUGUGAAGGAAAAAACCACAAGCAUAAUAAGCCACACUUACGAAGAAAUAGAAUCUGAAAGCAAAGUGUCUGAUGGCACCAGCAGCAAGCUCACAGACUGUCCCCAAGCUAAAGGGUUUUCCAGCAGCACAGAGCACAAAAGAGGCUCAGUAGCACAGAAGGUGCAGGAGUUUAACAAUUGUCUCAACAGAGGUCAGUCUUCUCCACAAAGAAGCUACAGUUCCACCCACAGCUCCCCAGCAAAAAUCCAGAGACCCACUGGGUCUGUGGACAAAACAGAAGUUGUGCAAGGGUCUCAGGUGCCAGGCAGCAGCGGCAACACCAGCAGCACCAGGGAGAAAGCAAGCGCCGUCCUAUGUCAGAUUGUGGCAUCUAUCCAACCCCCCCAGACUCCUCCAGAAGCACCUCAAUCUAGCCCUAAGGCUUGCAGUGUGGAAGAGCUGUAUGCCGUUCCUCCAGAUGCAGAUACUACGAAAAGUAUUCCUAAAACCACACCAGUCAGACCCAAAUCUCUCUUUACAUCUCAGUCUAGUGGGGAAGGUGAGGCCCAUCUGACCACAGAAAGCCCUACUACCAAAAUUCAGAAAGAUCCAUCCACAAAGCCAGUGACUUCUCCUCCCUCCAAAUUAGUGACCAGCGCCCAGAGUGAGCCACCGCCUCCCUUCCCCCCGCCACGGUCUACUUCCUCCCCUUACCACGCAAGUAACCUGUUGCAAAGGCACUUUACCAAUUGGACGAAGCCAACCAGUCCCACCAGGUCAACAGAAGCUGAAUCAAUUUUGCACUCUGAAGGCAGCAGGCGAGCAGCUGAUGCAAAACCUAAACGCUGGAUAUCAUUUAAAAGUUUUUUCCGCCGCCGAAAAACAGAUGAGGAAGAAGAAAAGGAGAAAGAGCGAGAGAAAGGGAAGCUGGUGGGCCUGGAUGGAACAGUCAUCCACAUGCUGCCGCCCCCUCCAGUCCAGCGCCAUCACUGGUUCACAGAGGCAAAAGGAGAGUCCAGUGAGAAGCCUGCUAUAGUCUUUAUGUACAGGUGUGACCCUGACCAAGGCCACCUCAGUGUGGAUCAAAGCAAGGCUGGGGCAGAGAAAGGAAGACCAGAGGAGGUGUUACUGCGGAACUCAGAGGAGAAGAAAAGUAGCCAUCCUCCAUCUCAGAUUCCUGACAGAACUUGCAGUCGUGUGACCCAUGAAGUGGCAGAGGAACUUUCUCCUCGGGAUCCAAGAACUUCUGUGAAGCAAGAUGGCAGUUCAGUCACACCAACACCGCCUCCACCUAACCUGGAAAGGGAAGAAGAAAAAGAUGACACAUCGGAUCCUACCGACGUGAGUCCCUGCAGCGCAACCUACAGCAACUUAGGACAAUCCAGAGCAGCUAUGAUACCUCCCAAGCAUCCACGGCAUCCCAAGGGAAUGUUGGGUGAUGCCAUUGCCUUUGGAGAGAAGACAGACCAAGAAGUAUUGAAUACUUCCCAACCCACACCACCCCCACUGCCAAAGAAAAUGAUACGAGCCAAUACAGAGCCAAUCUCCAAAGACCUUCAGAAAUCCAUGGAAAGUAGUCUUUGCGUCAUGGCUAAUCCCACCUAUGAUAUUGAUCCCAACUGGGAUGCCAGCAGUGCUGGCUCUUCUGUUAGCUAUGAACUCAAGGGACUGGACGUUGAGUCUUACGAGUCCUUGGAGAGACCUUUGCAUAAAGAGAGACCUGUUCCUUCCGCAGCAAACAGUAUCUCCAGCUUAGCCACUCUCAGUGUUAAGGACAGAUUUUCCAACAGUAUGGAGUCACUCUCCAGCCGACGUGGUCUCUCCUGUAGACAGACUCGAAGCAUCCAGAAGCCACAGAGACAAGCACUUUAUCGAGGACUUGACAAUCGGGAGGAAGUGGUGGGUAAACUCCGAAGCCUUCAUACAGAUGCCUUGAAGAGACUGGCAGUUAAAUGUGAAGACCUCUUCAUGGCUGGGCAGAAAGACCAACUCCGCUUUGGAGUGGACAGCUGGUCAGACUUCAGGCUAACCAGCGACAAACCGUGCUGCGAAGCUGGGGAUGCAGUUUACUACACCGCCUCGUAUGCAAAAGACCCACUCAGUAACUAUGCAGUCAAGAUCUGUAAGAGCAGAGCUAAGGAGUCCCAGCAGUAUUACCACAGCCUGGCCGUCCGGCAGAGUCUGCCUGUGCAUUUUAACAUCCAGCAGGAUUGCGGCCAUUUCCUUGCUGAAGUCCCGAACCGGCUGCUUCCCUGGGAGGAUCCUGAUGCUCCUGAAAAGGCAGAGGAUGGCACUGACAGCGAGGAAGAGGCGAAAGCAGAGACUGCAGGGGGAAAUUCUGAGCCCUGCUCUGAAACAGAGCCCUCCCAGGAUGAGGACCAAGGAGUCACCAACAGGAAGCAAAGAAGCCAUGUUGUGGUCAUCACCAGGGAGGUCCCCCAUCUCACCGUGGCCGACUUUGUGCGAGAUUCUUUGGCCCAUCACGGGAGCAGCCCUGACUUGUAUGAGAGGCAAGUGUGUCUGCUGCUCUUACAGCUGUGCGCUGGGCUUGAGCACCUCAAGCCCUACCACGUCACUCACUGCGACCUUCGCCUGGAGAACUUGCUGCUUGUCCAGCACCAACCUGGGGGAGCUGCCCAGGGCCCUUCGCCUGCAGACCCCUGCCCCACCUCAGCUUGUCCCACAAGGCUCAUCGUGAGUAACUUCUCUCAGGCCAAGCAGAAGAGCCAUCUGGUGGACCCCCAGAUCCUCCGAGACCAGUCCCGCCUUGCCCCGGAAAUCAUCACGGCCACCCAGUAUAAGAAGUGUGACGAGUUCCAGACGGGCAUCCUCAUCUACGAGAUGCUGCACCUGCCCAACCCUUUCGAUGAGAACCCGGAGCUGAAGGAGAAGGAGUACACGCACACAGACCUGCCUCGCAUCCCUCUCCGCUCCCCGUACUCGUGGGGCCUGCAGCAGCUCGCGAGCUGCCUCCUGAACCCCAACCCUUCUGAGCGUAUCCUCAUUUCUGACGCCAAAGGCAUCCUCCAGUGUCUGCUCUGGGGCCCCCGGGAAGAUCUCUUCCAAAUUUUUACCGCCUCCGCAACCCUAGUACAGAAGAACGCUCUGCUCCAAAACUGGCUGGACAUUAAGCGGACCCUGCUGAUGAUCAAGUUUGCCGAGAAGUCGCUGGACAGAGAGGGGGGCAUCAGCCUUGAGGACUGGCUUUGUGCUCAGUAUCUGGCCUUUGCCACGACAGACUCCCUGAGCUAUAUUGUAAAAAUCUUGCAGUACCGUUAACAUGGCCGGGGCGUUGCUUUUAUUGUUAAAUAUCUCCACCUUCCUCAUGUUGCCCUCAUGUCCCUGUCCUGGUAUUCACUCAAUUCAAGGAAAGGAAAGAAGCCAACCGCCGCCCUUGUCCAGGAACAUGGGCUCCAUUCAGCAAGGUCACCUUACAGCUUUCCACAGAGCGAAUGGCUGAGUGUUUCUUCACUGUACAGCAAGCAGUUCAACUCUACAGACAUGCAGUCACCUGCCCUUGGAACAUUUGUCAUCCCAAUAGUUUCACAAAUGUGGGGUGAAAAAUGAAAAUGCACAUCCAUGAAGGACCAGGUCCCAUGGAAUGGUCUCAGCAAGCUGCAUCCAUCUCGUCCAUAAUUCUGAAGCUCGCCUGAGCUAACCGGCUAGCAGUACAUAUGUCACUAGCCUCAGCUGUCACCCAGCAAUGCUCUCGCAGCAGACGUGUCUCCCUUCAAGGUAUCAGUGACUGCCUCUUUCCCAGGAGGACAUGCCAUUAUCCGUCUCGCCUCCGUUUUAGUCCCUGGGGACUAGCCUUUGUUCUGGCAUACAGUGGAAGGAAGAGAGAUUCCCACCAUCGGAUCGUGAGUUCGUGUCCAGUUUUGUUCUUAGCAAAGGUUGGACACUGCACAGAGCCACCCAGCAGCCACAACCCUGCUGCCACAGCUUGGCUGUCCUUGACCUUCACCCUGUCCUACCUGCUGAAGUUUGGGUUUGUCAUCCACUUCUUGUGGCCCAUUACAAAGCUGACCAAAGGUGGUGUCACCGAUACCUCAGCAGGAUGGAAUAUAGUCCAGAGAUUAUGAAUAGUUGGCAGGAUAUGAAGAAAUAAUGUCCUUAUGUGUGCAAUUCUCCAGGGGCCCUCAGGGAACAGACUUUCAAGUACUGUUCUUUGAUUACUGUCAGACCUAUCAGCAUGGCAGCCAGGGCUGUUGGUGCCUGAGUCAGAGUUUCUUCCUCCCGCAAGCAGUAAUUGGCCAGCUUCCUCCCAUCAGUAGCCAGUAUUAACUAGUCUGCCAAGUGCCGUCGGCAACGGCCCUGAAUGAGAUGGUUGUCAGUUUAGCAUUACCUGCCAUCACCUUUGAAGGCAACUCGAAGCUGGCUAUUGGAACGGCUAGAAGGCAAGGGAGACGGGAAAGGCCACGAAGAUGGCUGACCUGUUCCUUGGAGUGCCAGCUUCUUCCAGAAAGACUGCAUCCCAGAGUGAGUGGCGUGUUGCUCCUGACUCUGCAGUGGGCCUGGAGCUCGACUCACAGGAAGGCUGAUGGCUGCAGCGGGUGACUGAGAGUUGUCCCCCAUGGAGCCCGUGCUCUCCCGUGAAUUAUGUGCAAUUUUUUAUAUGUAUUUUUAAGCUGUAUAUUACAGUGUUUAUGUUGCAACUUUACCUGAGUGAGAACUGCAGAAACCUUCCUGUCUUCCCUUGGCACAUAUGUGCGCUAAGAGGCGAGUGUCCUUUCCACCUGUGUGUGUAUGUACGCCCAUGCACUUGUUUUAUUCAAAACUGUGAGUCUCUGUUUACUUCAACCUUGAAAUCCCAAGAGUCACUUGAACGGUAAGUGUGUAUGCAUGUGUAACCAUGUUGCACGAACACGCUGGAGAUAAGCCUCUGGGGAAGCUGCCUAUAGUGGGGUGGACAGACCUGUUCUGUGCACCUUGACACUGAGGAAAUCCAGGAAGCCCUCAUCCUCCAGUGCGGAGCUGUCUUAAAGCCAAGACUGAUUGUGCAGUAUUAUUUGGGUGGCACCUCAGUGGCCUUGGAAACUUGUAGACUUUUAACAUUUUUAACAGCCUUUCACGUGAUUCACAUUUAUCAAAGAGGAUCAAAAAGGGGGAAUGUACUUUAUUAUGCAGUUUUAAAGAGAAUGAUCUGUGUGAGGCUGCAUAUGGAGGAUGGCGUUGUGUUCUGGCUAGCGCUCCGGAGUCCCGGGAAAGAGGGCUGGUUAUCCCACAGAGUCUUGUGUCUCCUAGACAGAAUGACCAUGGAGCGGGCAGCCACGAGUCACGGCUGCACCAUGCCCAGCAGGCUAGGGUUUGAGUCGUCUUACAUAGCCCGUGUGCACAUAACUCCCUGCCUAAUUAUGCACUGAAGUGGCAGCAGAAAGACCACUGGCCAUGUCAGCUGACACAGCCCUUCACUUUCCACACUGCUUGCAGAUUGAGACAUACCUUCUCCAUGUCACACUCAUGGUGCCUUGCCCAUGUAUAUCUGAAUGUUGACUAUUUAAUGAGGUUACAUAUUUAAUGCAGAAUGUUCCCUAGUCCCCUCUGUGUGUUCUGUCUAUAGAAAUCUCUCUUUUUGUUAUCUUAGAUUCAGGCUUCUUUCACACGAUAGUAGAAAAAGCAUGCACACUUCCGCUGCCAGUGUCUCACUGCAUUGGUAAACCUACCGUCUUCCCUCCACGUGACUCAGUAUUCUCACGGCCAGGCUAGUGAAGGACGAAGAUGGAAGCCAGCUAACAGGAAAAGGGCCUUGGGCUUUCCAGAGACAGGAUUUAAUUCUGUCUGGGGGAUGGCCACAGAAUGGGGGUGGGGAAGGAGGUGUCCAGGUUAGGUCAGAGCAGAUACAAGAACUACAUUUCUAGGCAGCAAGUCCAUCAGAUGGUCCUCUGAGCAUUUCUCAAAAUAAUGAAAUUCAGCCCAUAUAGCAUUACCGUAGAUAUUUUAUGUUUCCAUUGGAUUCGUUCACUAAGUGGAAGGAAAUCCUCCCCUCUGCUGUCACAUACACACAUUUUAUAUAUACAUAUAUUAUGUAUUUUGGAGUGUUACUAGUAUAGCACUUGAAGUUUUCACAGGUAACAUCCGUAUUAACUGAAAUUUUUUUUCUUUUCUAUUGAAGUCUAUGCCAUAGUUUCUUCCAUUUCUGUGGAGAGUUUGAACAGCUAAGCCCCACUGGAACUUUUCCUUAAGCCACACGAGCAGUCUCUAGGCACAUGUAAGUGCUAGAGAAACAGGACUGUGGCGAGAGCGGACAAGAAAAAGAGUCAGUGACCCUCAGAGUGCCUUGUUAGCAUAGUAACCUAGCCAUGGAGAGCCCUUUGGGAAUGCAUGCAACCACAUAGUGUGCAAAUGUCCACCGUAAAGGACAGCAGCUGGAUGAGCAAAUGAACAAUCCAACGGACAUGUGGGGAAGGACAUGAAGUCCAUGAAAAUCACCAACCUGAAGGCUGAGUUAGAUUGGAAGGCACACCGGUAGCAGUGGGCUUCAGGGACUGUUCAGGAGAUGGGCUUCAUAGGGUCAUGGAAGAGUGAGUGCUCCCCCACCACUGGUGCUGAGGGCCAAGAAGAAAGUUCUCAAGAGCUAGUCAGCGCGGCCUUCCUCCGUCAGGCUAGAGGAGCCAGUUCUGCCCCUGAGCUCAGGGUGUUCAUGAAGAUGGGCAUCUAAAGCUCUGGAAGACAUGCUUCUAGGGCUUUCAAAGCCUCUGCUAUCACAAAAUCCCCAUGCUCCAUCUUGAAGUCCACUCAAUAGUAGGUCGUGCAAGCUUUCCAAGUUUGAUUUAUCCAGUUUUGGAAAAGCAGCAGCUAUCAGCUGCAAUGAGGACUUCCCGUAGCCUUUACCUAGAGUCUAAAAAGAUACAGGCUAGUCUCAAAAUCUGGAAUGGCUUUAGGAGGCGUCAUUAUAUUCUAAGUAAUUCUGGGUGUAUAAAACGUACACACACUUGGGAACAGAACAGGGGCUCAGCUCUCUGGGCCAGCUCUGGCAUGCUUGUCAUUCCUCUCCCUAGUGGAUGAGGAUCGGGAUUCUGGUCCAGCCUUGUAAGUGAGCGGGAUGGCUGCCCAUAUAGAUUUACCUCAUUGAAGCUCAUUUUCUUAGAGGCCCAAAGUGCUGCGCUGAGACAAACCCAAGUGCUACCCCUGCUGAAGUGUGCACUAAAGUCCAUCUGCUCACACUCACAGUGGUGCACGAGUGGGGAUGCCAUGGACCAAAACCAGUGCCCCCAAGGGA